UAUUUUUCAUGUAAUAGAUGAUGUUAAUGCGCAGAGCAUGAAAGCUGUUAUAAGCUAUGGGUCACUGGGAAAUAGCUUAUUGGGAAGAUCACGUUUGUCCAUGGUUUUGGAUUUUCUUUAAGCAUUUAUGUAUUGAUUUAUUUAGUUUAGGCUUAGACAACGUACUGUAAGGCGAUAUUACAUCAUCUUAACAUCAGUAUUUAUGAAGUAGCCACAGGUGCCUCAUCUUUUAAUAGGAGUUAAUUACGCAUUUAUUGACCAAAUAAACAUCUGAUGGCCAGAUCUUCUGUGUUGUCCAACUGCUGUGUUGGACUGUAGCCCAAGUCCAGCGCCUUCUUGGUUCAAUUUCUUCAACUCCCAUUGAGUGACACAGAUUAGAAAACAGCCUCAGGGUCUAGCCAACUGUAUAUAGACUUCAAUGAAUCCUCCUUCCACUUCCAAAUGUCACUUCAUGGAUUCCUUUGGGCAACCCAGACCAGAAGAUAACCAGUCAGUAGUUAGCAGAAUGCAAAAGAAAUACUGGAAAACCAAACAGGUCUUUAUCAAAGCAACAGGAAAAAAGGAGGAUGAGCACGUGGUGGCAUCUGAUGCUGAACUGGAUGCUAAACUUGAGGUUUUUCACUCUAUUCAAGAGACAUGCACUGAACUUCUGAAGAUAGUUGAGAAAUAUCAACUAAGACUUAAUGUCAUAUCAGAGGAAGAAAAUGAACUAGGGCUCUUUUUAAAGUUUCAAGCAGAACGGGAUACAACACAAGCUGGUAAAAUGAUGGAUGCUACUGGCAAGGCACUCUGUUCUUCAGCCAAGCAAAGAUUGGCCCUAUACACUCCUCUUUCUCGUCUUAAGCAAGAAGUAGCAACAUUCAGUCAAAGGGCAGUAUCUGAUACCUUGAUGACAAUUAAUCGGAUGGAGCAAGCACGCACAGAAUACAGAGGAGCUCUGCUGUGGAUGAAAGACGUAUCCCAAGAACUGGACCCAGACACCCUAAAACAAAUGGAAAAGUUCCGAAAAGUACAGAUCCAAGUGAGAAAUAGCAAAGCUUCUUUUGACAAGUUAAAGAUGGAUGUUUGUCAGAAAGUGGAUUUACUUGGAGCUAGUCGCUGCAAUAUGUUAUCUCAUUCACUCACUACCUACCAGAGGACGCUGCUUGGAUUCUGGGAGAAAACAGCUCAAUUGAUGUCCCAGAUCCAUGGGGCCAGUACUGGCUUUCAUCUAUAUGAUUUUGUAGCUCUCAAGCAACUACAAGACACUCCAAGCAAGCUUACUGAAGACCACAAAGAAGAACAAAUAGACAACAGUUCUCUCACUGAAAACCUCAAUAAGUUAGUUUUGUCAGAUGAGGAAGUGAGCUUGGGAAGUAAACCAGCAGCCAAAGAUCACAAGGAAAAACAUUAUCAAAUAAGAGAAUUUGGAGCACCUCAGUUUUCUAACUCUGAAAAUGUUGCAAAAGAUUUACCUGUUGAUUCACUGGAAGAUGAUUUUGAGAAGGAAUUCUCAUUUCUGAACAACCUGCUAAGUCCUGGUUCUUCAAGUACUAGUGAAUUUACCCAAGAAUGCCAGACUGCCUUUGGGAGCCCCGGCACCAGCCUCACAUUCCAGGAGCCUUCUGUGGGGUCUGAGCCUCUUGCUCAUUCUUCACGAUUCCUUCCUUCACAGCUCUUUGAUCUUGGCCUUCAUGCUGUUGGAGCUUUCAACAGCUGGGCCUCUGAAGGGGGAUUAGAAGUUCCUCUUUCACACACUGAUAACCAGCCAGUGCCUUCACGGAGUCCAAAGAAAUUAACAAAGUCUCCCAGCAGUGGUAACCAAGACAUGUCAGCCUGGUUCAAUCUAUUUGCAGACUUGGAUCCACUUUCAAACCCAGAUGCUAUUGGACACUCAGAUGAUGAACUUCUUAAUGCUUGAUUGAAAUUAUGUCGUCACUUCAGUGGCCUUGAGACAUCAGUUUUACAACAUACUGCCUUUGUGGAAAGGAGUUUAUAUUGUAACACAUACACAAAAGCAUCGUGUUUGUGGAUAUAACACUUUUUAGCCAACUUUAAACAGUUGGUAAGGACUACAUCUGAAUAGAUUAAGUAUCUCUUUAAUAUCUUGGAUCUUCAGCUAUCUUGAUAAUAUGUUGAAAAUAUUACAAACUAUUGAGUGUGAAAUGGAUAUCAAAAUUUGUUUCAAGAUAACAGGAAGGAAUAAUUCUGUAAAUAAGGAGUUGGGCUUUUUUCUUUGGAAAGCCUUUUAUGUUCAAGUUGCCUUGCUGACUGUGAGACUUCUAUAUGUGGAUAAAGACAGCAUGUAAAUUGGGUUGUGAUUUGGGGUUGGUUUUUAAAUAAAACCGUAGCAGGGGGAGUUUUCUGUUGUGGAAAAUA